AUGCCAGCGCGCAGCCGCGGCUCACACUCUGCCUCUCCACACAGCCAGUACAGCGCCGCCGUCGCAGGCGGCAUGCGCGGCGCACUCAGCGGCGCCGCCAUCUCCGGCCCCACCAUCUACCUGCUGCACCGCAACGUCGCCGGCUUCCGCGGCCUCAGCCUGCCCGUCAAGACGCUCUUCGGAGUGAUGGCCGUGUCGGCAUCAGGCGUGUGGAGCGCAGACCGCGCCGGUCUGCGGUGGGACCGCGAGCACUACUCGGACCGCGCCGCACAGCUCGGCCGGCAAUACGCCUCGCGCGACGAGCGCGACUGGGCCGAGCUGUCGAGCGGCGACAAGGCGCUGACGUGGGCCAAGGACAACAAGUUUGGCGUCGUGGCCGGCUCCUGGCUGGCGAGCAUGGGCGGCAUCUUUGCCUACAUCCACUCGCAGCCCAUGUCCUUCUCGCAGAAGCUCGUGCAGACGCGUGUGUGGGCGCAGGGCUUCACGCUCGCCAGCCUGCUCGCCAUGGCCGCCAUCACGCAGAUUCCCACCGAGGGCGACAAGAUCCUGCGGCGCCGCGAGGAGGCCGGCGAGCACAGCUGGCGCGACUUCAUGUGA